UACCCAGCAUCAACGGUCUGUUCUAUAAAUAAUCAAUCUCCCCCUUGCAUGCCACUUCACCAAACUCCCACUCGUCGCCUCUCAUUCGCAAUUCUUCGAACACCUUCCGGACAUUUACAGCACACAAGCCAAAAUGUCAGUUCAUUCCUGGGUCUCUGAACACAAGCUCGCUUCCAUUGGGGCGGUAUGGGCCGCAGGAAUAGGGGCAUCCUUCCUGGCUAACUCUCGCAAAACCUCUGCUAUGAAACCUAGCCUCAGACUUAUUCAUGCCAGGAUGCAUGCUCAGGCAUUAACACUGGCUGUGCUCUCCAGUGCUGCCGCUUAUCACUACUAUGAGAAUCGUCUUUCUUCUGAUGCUCGGCCACCAAAACCACAGGCGGAGACUGCUCGUUCUGAUAUCAGAAAGUUGGUCGAAUGGGAGCUCCUUUCUCCUUUCUAAUCCAAGGCUCUAUCUCAUCAUCGCCCUAAUAAUUUCACAUGUGAUUUUUGUAUGGUUGUUGCUUUUGUUAUCUUAUAAGUUAUCACUAUCAGUCUGCAUGGAUUCUGGAUAUGCAGUGGAAACCCCCCCCCCCCCUCUUCUUAUAAUGCAGAUACAAUUUUCUCGCAAGUUUUGCUCUUCUCUUCAGCCUAAAACAUAAUUACCUCAUUGAACCUAAUUAAGUGUUCUUGUGAUUG